AAACUGUUUGUGGGUGGCUUGGACUGGAGUACAACACAGGGUGAGUCAGCUGUCUACUUACCAACCUGUCAAUAUUAGGUGUAUUGCAAUGCACAUAGUGUUGUGCUUGAACUUGAAGGUGUCUGCAUGGAAAUGUUGUUCUGGAGUACAAAAGGGUUGCAUGUUAUCGUGUAUUUUAGUUAAAGCACACAUGCAAGCUUUUCUCAUAAUUGCUCAGACCUAGUAGCUUUGUCUGUAGCCACAGGCAUUCAGAGCCCAUCUCUGUAUCAUGCUUGAUUAGACAGUGUGUGUCUUUGCUCCACGCUCUUCACUCUGACAGUGUUUUCUGAAGUUAUGAGCAGUAGCCACAGUACUAUGUAUUUCUGUGCAUUCGUCUUUGGGAUUACCUUGGGGCUUUCAAUGAAAAGCAAUUCUACAAUUCAAUGUGAUUGAUAUGACUCUUAAUUGUUGAAACCUCUAUGCCCUGCCUCUGAAGAUGCAUGCAUGUAAUGUAAAUGUAUUAUUCAUGCUUUGCAUCCAGUGAACUUUUAAACACAUUACCCAUAAUGUCAGGACACUAGGCUAUGUAUAUAUCCCUGAAGGAUUCUUUAACGGGAUCGUCCGACUAAUGUCAAUGUCCUCUUUUCUAUCAGAAACUUUGAGAAACUAUUUCUCGCAGUAUGGGGAAGUAGUUGAUUGUGUCAUCAUGAAGGACAAAACCACAAAUCAGUCGCGGGGCUUUGGUUUUGUCAAAUUCAAAGACCCCAACUGUGUCCGGACUGUACUGGAGACCAAACCCCAUAAUCUCGAUGGCAGAAAUGUGAGUAUGUGAAAUAUGUGUCUUUCCAAUGAUGCCUUUUGUAAAGUGUGAGAUGAGGAAUAAGCACUGCAUGGGAAUGUGGACUUUUUUUUCAGUAAAGUAUUACACAGCGAUAAUGAUAGUCUGUGCAAGAGCAAGUAAUAGUGAACCCAUAGCACACACUGGGAUCUUCAGAAAACAAAAGACUGGCUCUCUGAAGGACAUCCCUGGACUGUUCUGAUGAGCUAUAUGUAAAGCAGACUGAUUGUUUGCCAAACAAGUGUUGCCUGUUCAGAUGCUUAAUAGUUGAACUAACAUGUAACAGAUAAUUAACUGCAGAGAGUGCGUUUUCUAUGCAGCAAUAUGAACAUGACCAUUUUGCGAUAAUGAAGGUUAUUUUCUUGCAGUUAAACUGUGAUUUAUUGUAAAGUGAAUUGUAUUGCACAUAAUUAAUUUAUUCCAUUUGUAUGUGGCCUUAUUGAGUAGGCUAAUUCACCAGAUAAAUUGGAGGGAACAUUUGAAGGUGCUUUUUCAUUGAAGGCUGAGAUGUACAAUUUCAUCCUUUGCCUUCAGAUUGACCCCAAGCCAUGUACUCCCAGAGGAAUGCAACCAGAAAAAGUACGAACUAAGGACGGCUGGGUAAGGAGCGUAUUUCAUUUCGUAGAGGCUACAUACUGUAUGUCCUCUACAGAAAUAGGGCACCAAGCCUGGGUAGAAUGGAAUGAAUUGUAUCCUUUUUGUCCUUUGAUAAGCUUGGGUCCUAUCUGCCUCUAGAAAUCGCAUCUGUCACACUGAGGCUUAUUGCUGUUAACAUGACUUCUGCUAAGGAGCUUAAAAUGUAAUUUUUCCAAGUAAUUGUUAGGCUAAGUGAUUCUGUAAAAAUGAAUUACUCUGCGAUCCUGAAAUAGCUUGUCUCAGUAACGCUGAAACGAAGGCACUAGUGCACCCUGAUCUGUGUGGACUAGUGUUUGCAUCGACGUGACAUUUGUACCCCAGGGCAGAAGGAGAGAGAAGCUAAUUUCUUCUCGACUGGCUAGAUGAUGGCGAAUUGCCACGUCUUCAGUGUGAUUCUCAAUCUGGCUUUGAGAUCCCAUUCUUUGUUUCAGAAGGGCAGCAAAGCUGACAGCAAUAAAUCAAAGAAGAUAUUUGUCGGUGGAAUCCCCCAUAACUGUGGUGAACCUGAACUCCGGGACUAUUUCAAUAGAUUUGGAGUGGUGAGUCCUGUUAAGAUGGUGUAUACUGUAUUGUAUAGCUUUUUAUAUAUAUUUUUUAUACCUAAAACAUUUACCAGGAUCCAAUAUAGGAACUGCUUAUUGGAAGACCACAUGAAAAAUAGAUUUUUCUGUUAAAAUGCCAUUAAUAUGGGGAUACAGAAUGUGUCAGUGUCCCAACCAUAGAGAUCCUAUUAAAUUAGUAUUCUAAUUCCUAAUUCUAUGUUUCCAACUGAGAGAUGCAUGCUAUGGCAAUACUAGUGGUUCUUAUCUGAAUCCUAAUGCAGCCCAUGUUCUCCUUUGUUUAAUCCAAGGUCACAGAGGUGGUAAUGAUCUAUGACGCGGAGAAACAGAGGCCCCGAGGUAAAAGCUGAUCCCGUUUUUCUCUUCCAUACCUCCCAUCUCUAAAUCUCAUGACAAACUAUUCUGACCCAAAUAGGAUAAGACAUUCAUUCCCCCCUCCCCCCACCCACCCUCAAUUCUAACUAGAGCCCCUGUCUUGUGGUGGAACAUCUUUUUCAUCGUUCAUUCACAAGCUUUUUAAUGGAUACCACUCUUAAUCACUGAACUUUCCCCAUGCAGACCUGUUUACAUGGUGAGAAAGUUGAAUGACAUCUGCAUUAAUUUCAGACAUCUUCCCUUGACUUUGUGUGACAGAAUCAGCUUCUGAUGCAUAAAGGCUGCAUUUACACAGGUAGCCUAAUUCUGAUCUUUUGCCCAAUUAUUGGCAAAAGAGCCGAUCUGAUUGGUCAAAAGACCAAAGGUGGAAAGAAUAUAAGAAUUUGGCUGCCUUUGUAGACGCAGCCCUUAGACGUUUUAGUUCAAUUAGGAACAUGUUAACAUGCUAUAGUAAUACAUGUAGUUUGAAAUAAGCUUAUUGAGAAGAAGGUUAUUGUUUUUAGUUGUAUUAUUCAGGAUGCAUGAAUAGAUUUUGGGUCUAAUUUCAAACUUUCACCAUUCUUUGACAAAAGUGCUAACAUUCCUCGUUUAGUUUGACUUAAAUUUUGAAAUAGCAGAGCUUCACCAGUGUAGUGAUAGAAAAUUAGGACAGUUACCAGAUGGGGUUUCGCGAAACUACCUCUGUAACUUCCUUCAUACUGGACACAGAGACAUAACAUUUUUAUCCACGAGUUCAUCUGACUCUGGGAAGUAGAUUUAGGGUCUCAUUGCCAAAAUCCCAAAGUACUUUUAAUCAGGGGUGUUAAACUCAUUCCAUGGAGGGCAGAGUGUCUGCAGGUUUUUAGUUUUUCCUUUCAAUUAAGAGAGACAACCAGGUGAGGGGAGUUCUUUAUUAAUUAGUGACCUUAAUUUCAAUAUCAAUCAAGUACAAGGGUGGAGCGAAAACCCACAGACACUCGGCCCUCCGUGGAAUGAGUUUGACACGUGCUUUAAGUGGAAGUCCUUACUCAGUUCCAUCUGUUAAAUUAGUUGACAGUUAGAAUGACAAGACAAGCAUGGGUUGAUGUAGAUUAGGCUGGUCAGUUUUCUCAGAACGGUUUAAAUAUACAUUAGUUUGGUCUGUUUGCUCAGAGCUGUUUCUUUUGCACUUGUCCUACAUAGCCAUGAUGCAGUGGUCAUGAAUGACUCCCAUGAUUUAUUCCCCCUCUUCUCCUUCAGUAUCCAUUGAUCUCUUUGGGGAGAACAAACAGAAUAGUUUGUCAUCUGAAUUUACACGAUGAUACACAUCAAUAAUCAAGGAUAAUAUCCAGGCUAUUCUUAUACUAAAAUACUUUUAAAAAUCCGGCAUUGAACUAAGUUUUUUUUCAGUUUAAUUUAGACAUGUCUGAUAUAUAUAAAAAAUGAUGAAGUGUUUUCCCGUAUGUAGAAAGUUAAGUAUUUUUGUAAGUAAGCCCUUUCUAUUUUUCUUUUUCUCUCCUCCUUCUUGUGAAUGGUUUUAAUGUGAUUAAUGGUGUCUCUUAAGAUUUGUCUUUUCUCCUUUAGGUUAUUGUGUACUGAGUGGUAUCACAGAGGUACAGGCCAGAUGUAAAAUCCCCAAAUGGAAUGUGCAGGCUGUCAAUUUGGGGUGUAUACAAAGUUUAGAAUCAUCAUGGUUAUGAACUGAGUUUUGCUGCGCUGAGCAGGACCUUGGAUUUUUUACACUUUUUUUGGCGAAAAAUUGUCUAGGAAUGUUUGCGGCUUUCAGUUUGCAGCAAAUGUUCAACUUGAAUGUUACCAAUAUGUCUCUAAAUGCUUGAAAAUGCUUAAACUAAGUUUUGAAUCUAGAUUAAGGACAGGUCAUCGAUGGAUGGUAUUUAUAGUUGUAGAUCAGGCGGCUUGGGAAUGCUUGACAUGAUAUUAGAGGUUUCAAAAUCUAUUUUGUCUCAAAGGACAUUGAAUUGGAAUCAGGUUAGGCCCCUCAGUGGAUAUGUUCUCACAACCCAAUUCUGCCACUGGUAGAAAUGUAUGAACAAUAAACUGGUUCAGUGCAGUGUGCUAUUGCUACUGCAUACUCUGAAAAGUUUUUUAGAGCCUUGGAUGUGAAAUCACCAUAGACCUUAUCAGAACCAGGACAUUUGCCAAUGUUUGGCUUCUAAAUGUACAGUUGAAUCAAAGAUGGUAUGGCUAUGCUAAAUUACAGUGCUGUAUAUCCAUAGGUUCAGCUAGAGUUCUUUUUAUAUCAUGCAGGGACUGUAGUCAUUGGGCUUAAAGAGUGUGAGAAUAACCUACCAGAGGAUUCACCGUCAAUCGUUUAUCAAUAGUUUUGUUAAUUUACUACUUCAUUUCAGUGUUUUUGUUUUAUACAGAAAGUGUUGAAUCCUUACACAGUGGGGUUUUUCUCAGUGUUUUGAUGGAACUUUGUUUAUCCCCCAUGUAAACUCUUGACAGCAUCAUUAGUUGUUACUUACACAUUCGGAAGACAAAAUGGCCUAUAUCUUUGUGUUGCUGUUGUAAGUAAUAUUGUAAUUUUCCAUUUAGGCUUAUCCUGGCUGACUCAAAACAUAAAACCAAAUUUGGGAAUGCUUGGAGAAAUCUUUAGACAUUGUACAGUUUCUGUUUCUCCAUGUUUUGUUAUGCAUUAACAUUGGAUGCUGCCAGAUUGUGCUGCACAGAAAUAUACCACGGGGCAGAUCAAGGUGGGGUUUGGAUGAAACGGCAUGAAGUCACAUCAAUACAACUGGUCAAAUUGGAAUCCAAUAUAGAAAUGAAUGCUUCGAGACCACUCAAUUGUAUCUUGAAAUCUAUAGUUUUUAUAUUCCUCAGUAGUUCCACUGACUGCACUGGAUAUAAAUAUAUUACAAUUGUAUAUAAAUUACAUUUUCAAUCCCCUAUAUAAUACAUUAAUGCAGUACAAGCAAAUUUUACUUAAAUUGACUUUGAUAUGUUAGAAGUAUUUAACUAUUUUUUUUAAACACUGCCUAGAGUUAGCAUGGAGAGGAUUGGUGCAAAGUUUAUCUUGGAUGAUAAAAGUGCCUCAGCCCCCAAUCUUCAACUUGUGUAUUGCUGCAAGUCAGCGAUAUCAUCCGAACCCCAGGAGCCUCCAGCUCAAUCUUGAUGGAUCCCUGUCUUGCUGACCCCAAUACUGUUCUUCAUCUUGUGUUGUCACAACACCCUGCUACCUUGAUUCACUCUUGGUCGUUGGCUAGGUUUUGGAUUUAUUACUUUCGAGGCCGAACAAUCAGUGGACCAGGCUGUCAACAUGCAUUUUCACGACAUCAUGGGCAAAAAAGUGUGUAGUUGUAGUUUUAUUUUACCCUCAAGAUUAAACAGAGGCUUGGGCGACGGGAAGCAUUGUUUGGCGCUGUUACCUUUGGAGUUACAGCUCUUAUUUCCAGGGGCCACCAAUGAGGUUGGUUGCUCUUUCAUGAAGGCCUAACGCUCCUGUAAAUUUAAUAUUUUAAUAACAUGGCUGAAGAUUACUGAAAUGUGGUACUCCAAAGAUUUUCCUAAAAGAUCAGGGCACAAUUCUUUUUCUGAACCGCAACAUUUCAAUGGCCUGGUUGGCCUUGUACAUGUUGCAAAAAAUACUUGGUCUCCCCUCUGAAAUAUUAGGUACAACUCCUGUAGUCGCCCAAGGCUUUGUUUAUUUUGACCUCUCCUUUAGGUUGUAAAAGGUAUUCCAUAUCGUACUUCAAAUACAACACUUACUCUGGCGUUGGCGAUUCAAGUGCCCAGUUUUGGAGCAUAUAAUGCUAGAUAAGCAGGGGUGAAAGUAGAUUUUAUUUCUUCCCGGUAUGGGAUCUCAUAUGUUUGCACGCGAUUACGUGGGCCUGAUCAUAGAAUUACAUAUAGAAUCCCUAUUAAUUUAAUUGGAGCUUUGUGGGCCCAGUAGUAAAGAUUUGUCAUGUAUUACCUUUUCAUGUGGCAUAAACAACCAGUCAUGAUGUUUUCCAUCUGAUUGUCAAAUGCAUGCUAGCUGUUCCUGUAGACUUCCAGUCAUUGUGCUAACGCUAGUUAGCGUUGGCUCGCAAAACCACCUCUACCUUCAUACCGGACGCAGAUACAGUGGGAUCCAAAAUAUAUUGUAACAAUUGUUUUAUACUAAUCGUUGCUCAGAGAAAGAUUUUGUUUAACAAUAUUUUUUUCUCAAAAAGGUAGGUGUAAAAAUUGACACCCCUGUUUUCAAUACCAUUCAAUACUUCACCUUCCGAGGAUAACGCCACUGAGCCUUUUUCUAAAAUGUUUUAUGAGUUGGAGAACACAUUGGCAGGGCUCUCCAACAUACAGAAUCCUUCCAGAUCCUUGAUGUUCUUCGUCUGCGCUUAUGGACUGCCCUCUUCAAUUCAAACCACAGGUUUUCAUUAUGUUUCAAGUCCGGAGACUGAGAUGGCUAUUGCAAAAUUGUGUGGAUUUUGAUGUGUGCUUUGAGUUAUUGUCUUGCUGGAGAUCCACUUGCGGCCAGGUAUUUGGCUAAAAUGUCCUGGUCCUCGGUAAAGUUAAUGAUGCCAUUGACCUUAACAAGGGCUCCAGGACUUGUUUAAACAAAAUAUCCCCAUGACAUCAAAGAUCCACCACCAUAUUUAAAGUAGGUAUGGGAUUCAUUUCUGCUCACGCCAAACCCACCACUGGUGUGCCUGGCCAAAGAGCUCCAUUUUCAUGUCAUCCAACAAAUUAGUUUGCUAACGGCAUUGGCACUUGGUGGAGGAUCUUUGAUGUUAUGGGGCUAUUUUACUUCCACUGGUCCUGGGGCCCUUGUUAAGGUCAAAGGCAUCAUGAACUUUACCCAGUACCAGGACAUUUUAUCCCAAAACCUGAAUGCCUCUGGCAGGAGGCUGAAACUUGUCCGCAAGUGGAUCUUCCAGCAAGACAAUAACCCCAAGCACACAUCAAAAUUCACGAAGAAAUUGUUAAUUGGCCACAAAAUCAACAUUUUGCAAUGGCCAUCUCAGUCUCCAGACUUGAAACCCAUUGAAAACAUGUGGUUUGAAUUAAAGAGGGCAGACCAUAAGGGCAGACGAAGGAUAUCAAGGAUCUGGAAGGAUUCUGUAUGGAGGAAUGGUCUAAGAUCCCGCCCAAUGUGUUCUCCAACUCAUAAAACAGGCUCUGUGCUGUUAUCCUCGGCAGGUGAGGUAUUGAAAACAUGGGUGUCAAAUAUUUUGACCGCUACCUUUUUGUGAGAAAAAAAGUAUUACUUGUUAAACCAAAUCUAUUUCUCUGAGCAAUUGUAUUAGUAUAAAAUAAUAUAAUUUCCUCAGUAUUUGAAUUAUUUUUAUAAUCAUUUGUGCUCAUCUGUAUCAAGGGUGUCAAUCAUUUCAGACCCCACUGUACAUAAAAAUAAUAUCCACGAGUUCAUCAGACUCCGGUGAAGAAGAUGACAAAGGGCCACAUUGCCAAAAUUCCAAACUAUCCCUUUAAAACACCAGAAAGUGUAAUGACAUUUGGCGAUUGUCAUUAUGCCUACACUUUACAUUUGACAUUUGAGUCAUUUAGCAGACGCUCUUAUCCAGAGCGACUUACAGUUAGUGAGUGCAUACAUUUUCAUACUGGCCCCCCGUGGGAAUCAAACCCACAACCCUGGCGUUGCAAGCGCCAUGCUCUACCAACUGAGCUUCUGGGGACUUGUAGCCUGAAUUGAUGUGUGUACUGCUGUCCGCGCGUGUCAGUCUCGGCCAGUCAUCUCUGCCUUGGAAAAAUGUCAGUGUUCUCGUCGAACCACAACAUUUUGGAUCGUAGACCUGUAUACUACCCAUUUUCAAGUCCAAUCGCUAAUUUGUCAUCCGGCUGACAUGCGGUCAUGAUAAUGUUGUAAAAGCCUACAGUUUUCUUGACAUUUUGUUUUAAUUAUUGUGAUAGGCUCAUGUUUUACCGGUACGGUGUAAGUCCACUUUCUUUUGCCGGGACGUCGUACCGGACCGUACCGGCUUUCUUUCACCCCUGGAGAUAAGCGUUUAGCUUGAAACGCUGUAUUUUACCACAAAGAAAUCACCUAAAGGAUUGGUCUUGUUCAGUUCUUUUUUUCUUUUUUGAUUAUUUUGUUGGCAGGUCACUUACCUUUUGAACUAUUUGAUAUAUUUCCUAUUCAACUUGUUAAAAAGUUAAACAACCUCAAUUAAGUGACCUCAGUUUAAGAAUCUCCAUACUGUGUCGAUCAAGUCUGAGAACCAAAAUUGGUGGGUCUUUUUCAAGGGCUAGUUGGGACCUAUCUAUCUACACCCUCUUUGAAGGAUAGUUGAAGCUGUUUGCCCGUAUUCGUUCACCAUUUUCUCCCAAUGGAGAUUUCUUAGCUCAUUUGGUGCCUGAAGCCACAGUUCUGUGAUACCAGCAGAGUUUUUUUUUAUGCCCAGUCAUUAAUGAUUUAUAGUUUUAACAAAAUACUUUAGCUUAGCUACUUCUGAGACAUCCUCUCUUAUAGCAAUAAUUAUCUUGACAAAAUACAUAAUAAAACAUUUGGGAAAAUGUGCAUUCAAUAGUCCGAUCCCCCCCUAAACGAGGACAUGUAACGUUUUAGUCUUUUAUUGAAAGAGAACAUUAAUUGUCCACAUGGACAUUUGACUUAUUUACCCAUUUUUCAUAGUUUAACCCUUUCUGACCUCGUUAAAUGUACGAACUAAAUCCAUGUCUGUUCAUAAUUGAUGUAUGAGACCCUACCUACAUUCUGCUAUACUCUUACCGACUCUCCUUGACUUUGUCCUAAUUUCCAGCAGGAAUCAGGGCUCGACUUGAGAUAUUGUUCUUGAGUUGACAUUACCUUGGGCUGGGACUUAGGGGAAUAGAAGUUACAAAAUUAGAAAGUGGAGCACAUCAAACUGUGGGACAAAUCCCAGUUCCGCUGUUGGGGAGUGUACAGAGGUCAUGGUAUCCAUCACUCCAGCUGCGAUGCCCGCGGGAGAGGACCCAGGUAGCUGCGCUAUAGGCGGGGGGCCACAAACAUGCUUGUAAUUAGGUCGACAGAGAAGGAAGAGGGGAGCCAAAGAAAGUAGCACCACCUUAAAGCAGGGGAAGAAUUGUGAUUUGUUUUCCUCAUGCAAGGUGACCCCAAUAACUCAACCUCGAUAGAGCCUAGUCUAUUUCUAUCUAGUCCCCCCCUAGUUUUAAACCCAUUUUUCGCUCUGGUAAACUGCUGGUAUCUCUGUGGCUGGCUAGCUACAGCAAGUGACGCUAAUAUUUUUUUAGGGCAGAUAAUGGCUGGUAGCCUCACAAGCCAUCUGGUAUGUUAAAAAGAACAGGCUUUUCAACCUUAUUGAAUGUUAGACCAGUCCAAUACCAAGUGCUUCUAUUCUGUGUGAGAUGAGCAAAUCAGAUGGGUAUUAGUCAAUUAAGCACCAUUGCAAUUUUCUCCAUUAUCUGACACAGUAUGAAGAUUCAUUUCUAAAUUGACUUAUGACUGUCCAUUUCUAUUGUCUGCAUGUUUUACCUCUUAUUCUGAUAGAUAUGAUACACAUUCCUUUCUACAUCCAUUUCCCUCUGAAAUUCUACUACAAGUAAAACAUAACAGAUUCUUUAAGCGUUAGCCCGGGAAAGGUAAGUCUUGACCUUCCAUUAGAUGUUUUUAUAAAAAUGAAAGGGCAUAAAAACAGGAAAUAGGUAUUCUAUGUUUCUCAGGUAGACCGGUUGUACUGCAGUUUUAAUGACAUUUUUAGCACUAUUUAAAUCAAUUGCUAUUUUAUGCUCUAUUCAAAAUUAUUAAUCCAAAAAUGAAGUAAUACCUUAUUGUGACUGAAAUACUUGAGAAACAUAUUGUUAAGCAACUAUUUAUCUGUAUUAGGCAGCAGUGUAUUGGCUCAGAUAAGAUGUAAAACUGAAACCCUCUCAAGCUGAUAUGUUAAAGAUAAAUAUUAGUAAUGGGUGAGUUUAGAUAAGGAAGGGAUUUUGGAGAUAAAUUACUGGUCUUGCAAUGUGUGCCCUCCUUGUCCUUUGUUCAGGUGGAAGUGAAAAAGGCCGAACCUCGGGACAGCAACGCUCCUGGCCAGCUUGGACCUAACCAAUGGGGACCCAGAGGCAUCCUGAGUGCAGCCAAUGGUUGGUCGGCACAGCCUGCCCAGGGCUGGCAGCAGAGUUAUGGGCCUCCGGGUGAGUGGGAGACCAGCCAGGCACAGCUCGAUCUCUCAGACCAGGAACAUUACAUUAUAUUAUACCUAGGAGAAAGCAUUGGAAACUGUUAAAAUGUCUGAUGCCUUCUGUUAUAACAUUAACAUUGUAUAUCUUGGUCAGCACUGAAAUGUUACUUUGAGGAACGGUCAACGUACUGACAACAGUACUGUAGUUACCAAUUACAUAUUGCAGGAUUGGUUUUGUGGCAGCAUAAAUAAACUGUCAACUAUUUUCUCUUUGAAGGAGUUUGGGUGUCUACAGGCCAGCCCUUGGGUAUGUUUUAUCCUUGAAUCACUUGAAUGUUUCAGACAUCUCACUAACUUGCUUUUUUAAAUAGUAAAUUGUCUUGUGACAGUUAACUUAUCAAGAAAGUAUUGUGACAUAGACAUUGCCUUGCACUUUGUAUUAUCCAUAUUGACCAAUUAGGUAUUGUCUGUUAAGCACCAGUGUUAACAUGGUGUCAGCUGUAAUGGCUGAGGUCACUCUGAUCAUUUCCCUCUCAAGACAGAUAAUGGGCUUAAUGAUUCUUACCUCCCUUCACCCUCGCUGGUCGUGUAUCAUACAACCAACCCCCAAACAAUCCCAGCGGUGUUCCAGUUUCAUAGCUCAAGCAAGUGCUAUUGUAGCUUUAAUGCUAGAGUUCUAGAAUGCACCACAUUCAUAUACAAGUUGCAUUUUUGUUAUAUUUGACACGGUUCUCCCCAUGUUGAAAAUAUUGUCUAAUAUGCAGUGUCUACUGACAGUGGGUUUCAACUAAGGUAUAUCCGAGACUGAACAUGUAGCAAUACACCUGUCAUUAUGUAUUAAAGUAUAUACGUAUCUGUUGUGUUCUGUCUGUCUCAGGUGGGUACGGACCCCCUUUAUCUGCGGGUCGUGGAGCUCCCGCCCAGCCCCCCUCACCGUUCAACGCAUUCCUCGUCACAGCAACCCCGGCAGGGGGUUUUGGGGCACCUCAGGCCUAUGCUCAGCAGGGAUACAGCACACCACCUCAGUUUGGUCAGUAGCUACGCUGUAUUGUUGUCAUUUAAAAAAACUUGUUUCCAUUCAUGUCAAUUAUUUUGUUUUCAUAUCGUCAAUAUUGUGAUUAACAAUAUUAUUAUGGCCCAAAAUAUGACUGCAGUGUUUUGCAUUAUUAAGAAUGUCUAAACACAUUUACAAAUGCCUCUUCCUUAAGAAACUCUGAAAUGUCAGCCCAAGUUUCAAAUGCAGGCAUUGAUAAAAGUCGGCUAAAACAGAAAAUCAGGGAAAUCAGCUUUGUCUUGAAGAAAUGAAUAGCAGGUCUACAGCACUAGCAGUGCUGUAACACCAACAGUAACACAUGGUUCUGAAAUAUAUUUUAAUGUCGUCUUCACAAGAACGUUAAUAGUCUUCACAAUAUAUUAUUUUAUAUCGCCAAUAUAUGAUCAUAUCCUAAUAUCGCCCAACCCUACUGCCUAGUGUUGCAGCUUCUACUACAAUAAUCAAAUGUUUUAUGAUUCUUUUGAUUAUAAUAACCUAUAUGAGACAUUAACAUUUAUCGUUCACAGUUCAGAAUGUGCAACAUAAGGACUCUUUCAUCUGGCACUGGUUUAGGGUACAGUUUUGGCACGCCUCAUGGUGACCAGUAUGCACCACAAGGAGUGCCGCCCCCGCCCACGACUCCGGGAACAGGGCCGCUAGGGUUUGCUCCAGCCAGCACACCUACUCAGGACAUGAGCAAAGCACCCACGGGACAGCCGGACUUCCCUUACAGCCAGUAUGGUAAGUAAAGCCUCCAUGCAGUCCUCAGCCCCACCCUCUACCCUACUGUUAUUAUGGCCUAUACUGGAUGGAUCCAUUUUGUUGGAUGCUUUAUUGGGUCAAACAACCCCUCCCUAGCCAAAGCUCAUUACAACCCUCAAACAAGCAGGACCUUCCCUUUUGGUACCAUUUAGCUUUAAUGGCAUCACAUGCAUACACACGCUUGCAUACAUACCCUCCAGGCUUGGCCUUGGAGGUGCUAUAGAAGUCCCACCAUACCCAGGACUCUUCAGUGUCAACUUUUUCAGCAUUUUUCCAGGUAGGGCUGCGGAAUGAUAUGGAUGGGUAACCCAUGGUAGGUUUGAAUUAGAUAAUCCUGCCUCUCAAUGUUGUUUUCGAGAGGAGUUUGAAUGCACACCAAACUGCAGAUAAACCAAGGUAGAUAUUUUACUGGCAAAGGUGACAGGCAGUUUGGCCAACUGUUCCCUUUUUGUUACUGACUUGGUUGGCUUUUCUCUCCUGGCAUGACCUCUAUGGUGUCAAUGGAUCUUGCAUGUUUUUUUUCUCCUGAGCGUAAUUGGACUGAAACCAAUAUUUUCCUACAAACAAAUUACAGCUGUUCUGAGAAGACUCAAUGCAAUGCAUCAGUAUGCAAUGUAUCAGGAGUUUUCCAAUUACUCUCCAAUUAUACUUAUUGUACCAAGUUGACUACAAAUAAAUCCAGCAUUGUCAUCAAUUGCGGGGCUUUUGCAUAAGGUCUCUCACUCUUUAAACCAAAUGCAUUGGUAAAUCCUUUCUUUUUGGAAGGUUAAUUUAUGUAGCCUAGUUAGUUCAUUCUGUCUGCCCCCUCAUUUCCCACUGGCAUUUAUCCUUAAACUAAAUACAAUGGGGAGACACAGACUUAGAUACAAUGUUUUGUUAAUAGGUCUUAGAAGUGUUUAGCUCUUCAAGACAGUAUACACUCAGUGGCCAGUUUAUUAGGUACAUGGGUCAGACCCAUCUUUACCUCCAGAACAGCCCAUAUUCUUUUGGGCAUGGAUUCUACAAGGUGUGGCGUUCAAACGUUGCUCAAUUGGUAUCAAGGGACCUAACGUGUGCCAGGAAAACAUUCCCCACACCAUUACACCACCGCCACCAGUCUGUACCAUUGACACCAGGCAGGAUGGGGCCAUGGACUCAUGCUGCUUACGCCAAAUCCUGACUGCCAUCAGCAUGGCGCAUCAGGAACCGGGAUCCGUCGGACCAGGAUAUGUUUUUCCACUCCUCAAUUGUCCGGUUUUGGUGAUUGUGUGCACACUGGAGCCGCUUCUUCUUGUUUUUAGCUGAUAGGAGUGGAUCCCGGUGUGGUCGUCUGCCGCAAUAGCCCAUCCGUGACAAAGACCGACGAGUUGUGUGUUCCGAGAUGCCGUUCUGCACACCACUGUUGUACUGCACAGUUAUUUGCCUGUUUGUGACCCACCUGUUAGCUUGCAUGAUUCUUGCCAUUCUCCUUCGACCUCUCAUCAAGGAGUUGUUUUCGCCCACAGGACUGCUGCUGACUGGAUGUUUUUUUGUUUGUCGCACCAUUCUCAGUAAACCCUAGACACUGUCGUGCGUGAAAAGCCCAGGGGGGGGCGGCCGCUUCUGAGAUACUGCCACCGGCUCACCUGACACCGAUGAUCAUACCACGCUCAAAGUCGCUUAGGUCACUCGUUUUGCCCAGUCUAACGUUCAAUCGAACAGUAACUGAAUGCCUCGAUUCCUGUCUGCUUUAUAUAGCAAGCCACAGCCACGUGACUCACUGUCUGUAGGAGCUAACCAUUUUUGUGAAUGGGGUGAUGUACCUAAUAAAUUGGUCACUGUGUAUAUCUAUAUUCUACCAUAAUUUCUAUUUGACUAUAUACAUUGUAUAUUUCCCUGUAACUGUCAGGUGUGAGAUUCCCAUCUUGUUCAGUGUUUCAUGCUUGUGCUUUGCCUACCCAUCCUGCUCUUAACCAUUAGCGUCAGCCGCCUGAUUUUAGAAUCAUUUAGUACGAUAACCAUAGCCACAGGCAGCAAAGUGCAUUAGCAAGUAGAAACCUUUGUGUUUCUAAUUCCAGAUGGCUGUGCACUGAUUUAGCAGGAGUCUCAGAGCAGUCAGUAGCGUAAUAGGUGUUAACUUAAGCCAAGCCCCAGUGGCAGGUCUAAGAAGGGGACAAUGUUAAAGUAAAGUAGACUAUCUGGGUUCAGUCAACCUAGUCUCCUCGUCUCCCUGAUAGGCUUGGGUAACUACCCUCAGGACCCCUCUUCCUACGGACCAACGCGUCCUUCUCACAGUAAUGGUCAGGAUGUGCAGGGAGGAAAUAGUGCAGGUAGGUGUGAGCAUCGUCUUUUCCAACCACCAAAAGUACAGUUCAGUACAUGGUCAUAUAACUGCAACUUCGUUGUUCCCUUGCAUUAUUUUCCCCUGUAUGUACUUUGGUAUGUUUGUGCAUACAAAGUACAUACUCCUAGACCAGUGGUAUUCACACUUUUUCAGUGGGGACCCCAUUCUUUCCCCAAGAAUUUCUCACGAACCCACCCCCAAAUCUAAUGACACAGCCUUAAAAUUGGUAAAUUCCUAUUUUUACAUCAACAAAUAACCUUAAAUUCAUUGCAUUUUAAUCUCUUAUGAAAAUAAACCAAUAAAUACAUUUACUCAGUGAAAUGUUAUUCUUCUAAUUCUUUCUCAAAAACGUUUGUAUAUUGUCCCAUACAAUAAUCUGUACUCAUUCAUUUUUUGUUACCCAUCUACCCCGACUUCGAAUACCACUGUUCUAGAAUAUACUAAAAUACAGCUACAUUAUUCAAUGACUUGAGGUUAUGAGAUCUUUUUGAAUGUCCAUAUCUCAAGGUAUGAAUAGUCUUAACAGGGUUACACGUCUCAUUUCCUGUAGUAGCUGUAGUUUAUUAUACCAACAACACCUGCGUCCUCAGUUGGUCCACUCUCUCUGCAUUGCUUUGCUGGUUAAAGGGGGAUGAUGUAAUUGGCUAAAUGUGUUCAUGGUAUACUGUGUUCAACUAGUUUUUUUGUUUUGUUUUUUUGCUCUGUUAUUCAAUGUGAUGGCAGUCAAUUCACUUGUUGUUUUUCCAUAUGCCAUCUCCUUAUGACAGCUAAAAUAAUGAUAAUCUAAGGGACGUUUGCAUGAAGAAAAAAUCACUUCUAUCUGGUGAACGUAUACCCAAUUUCUAUUAGAUUUCUGUGGUCAUGUUAGCCCUUUGCUCAUUGCUCUUCUUAAUUAUUUAUUCUAGCCUUGGAGCACUUUGAGCACCUCGUGGGAAAGUUUGCUUGUAUUCUUCUACCAUUUCUAUUGUUUCAUUUCUUUUUUUGUUACUCUGUACUGUCCGACAUGAGUUGGAACUGUUCAGACUUGUCUUCACUGAAUGUCUAUGCAGUUCCCUGCUUCUCCGACUACAGUGGAUUGCAGGGAGAUGGUGCCAUCCAGUGUCUAUGAAAAAAAAAAAAACUGAUAACUGAUUUAAGUAUUUGUUAUACUGUUUUCCUUUUGUUGAUGCCUUUCACAAGAGUUCAGAUUACAUCUUUGAAUCCUCUAAAUUAUAAAUCAAUUGAUUUACACUGGAAGUGCUCAUUCCUAAUUGGCUAACCAAACUCUGAAUGGAAGUUCAUGUAGGCUCACAAUAAGGAAUACAAUAUUUAACAUGAACAUUAAAAAGCCCUGAAACUAUGAUCAAUGUAUUUAUUUUAGGUAAAAUAAGGGACUUUCACUUAGCUGGUUGGAAUCGGUUUGUUAAAAAGCACCAUCUACAAUCCUGAUAAUGAACUUCGCUUCCCUGUUCUCCACCUACCCACCCUCACAGGUUAUGGUCAGGACCUGAGUGGGUUUGGCCAUACUUUCGCAGACCCCAGCCAGCAGACUGCCUCUUACGGGGCACCAACAGCACAACCGGCAGCGGGACCCCAGCCUACAGCAGCCGCUUUUGCUCGAGUACAGAAUCACAACGUAACGGGCUUCCAUCCAUACCGGCGCUGAGCAUCUCCAACCGCCACAGCGCUCAGUUCUAAAGUCAGGGAAAUGUGUUCUGGUGAUAAGCAAAACUGGAUUCUAGAUUGAUGUUUUUUGGAACACAGAUACACACUAUUUGAGAAAAAGUGAACUCAUAAAACCAGGGAUUCCAAUUACUUCUGUUACAAUGUCACUUGAUGUAAAAGUUGAUGUAAGACUUUUGCAUAACCUUCCUUUUCAAAUGUUGAAAUGAAAGAACCGUUGUUUCUCCCCCCCAUGUUUUAUAGUAGGACUUAACUACUUUGCAAUAGGUUUUGAUUUUCUGGUCAAACAAUAGCACAGAGAAUGGAACAUUAAUAAUAAAUAAAAUAAAAUAUAUUAGGGAUAUGUAUAUUUAUGCUGGAUACAGAAAUGAAAACAGGGUCUCAAGUUUCCUCAGCUUUAAAUUCUAGGGAAAAUGUUUUUAUUUUUCAUUUGGAGGAUUUUGUUUACUUUCUGAGCCUUUAUUUUAAAGUUUGUUUAAAAUGGAAAAUAUGAAUAUAUAUUAUACACAAACUGUGCAAUUUUUUAAGACAAUUUUGUACUAAAAAUGUACACUUUGCUUGUUUUUUAUUUAAAGAUGUAGACUUCCCUCAGGUGGCUGUUUGGGUGCAUUUUGCACUUAUGCAAAAAGAAAGGAAAACUUAUUUCAAAUAAAAGAUAUCCUGCAUCUUGGCCAUCAAUGCUUCAACUUAAGUGUCACU